AUGGGAUCUGAACCUGUAAGAUUUGAGCCAACUGUUGCAGCUUUUAGCCACAAGCAGUCGUCUCUGAAGAAGGCAGUGCCAACCACAAUAACUGCGGAACGAUCCGCACAUUUCUUCAGUGUGUAUAAGAUCUGGUGCUGGAGUUCUACUAUUGAUUUUGACCCGUUAGAAUUCGGAACCUACUGA